AUGCAUAUUCAAAGUAUCCCCAUGUGGGAGGGCACCUCGAAUAAUUAUGCGUAUUUGGUGGUUGAUGAGGGCAGUGGAGAUGCGGUUGUGGUGGAUCCGGCUAGUGCGGGGGAGGUCGCACCGGUUUUAAAGAAACAAAUCGAAGAUGGGAAGAUCAAUUUAGUGGCAAUUGUUAAUACACAUCAUCACUGGGAUCACGCAGGUGGAAAUAAUAAAUUGCUCGCCCACCCAGAAUUCGCAGGUAAACCCAUUAUUGGCGGUAAAGAUUGCGAGGGAGUAACCAGUACCCCGAAGAAUGGAGAGGGGUUUAAAAUUGGAGAGAUUGAGGUUAAGGCGUUGUAUACGCCGUGUCAUACGCAGGAUAGUAUUUGUUGGUUUAUGGAGGAUAGGAGUGGGAAGGUGAUUUUUACGGGGGAUACUUUGUUUCAUGGUGGAUGUGGAAGAUUCUUUGAAGGAACGGCCGAGGAAAUGCAUACAGCGCUAAACAAGACACUUGCAGCUGUACCAGACGAUACAGUCGUUUAUCCCGGUCACGAAUACACAACCGCGAAUGUGAAAUUCGCGGUAUCGGUUUCAACAAGUGAAGCUGUCAAAGCAUUGGAAACUUUUGCGGAUCAGAAUAAGGAAACGCAGGGGAAGUUUACGAUUGGGGAUGAGAAGAAACAUAAUGUUUUCAUGAGGAUGCAUGAUCCGGAAAUUCAAAAAGCUACAGGCAAAACGGAGCCAGUGGAGGUGAUGGCUAAAUUGAGGGAGAUGAAGAAUAAUUUUAAGUGA